AUGUCGACACAGGGCGGGCAGGAGCCAUCAGCUGGGAGAAAGGCGCCUGCCAAAGCGAGAGUUGACAAAUCUGCGCGUACUCGUUCUGAUUCAUAUUAUAGAGUCUCCUUAGCUUCAGUGACGGUCGAAAGAGCUUCCUCUAGCGCUUGUUGUUUGUUGACGAGCGCUUGGAGUUCGUUGUUUCUGGUUUUAUAUUCCGCGCGCACCCGUUCAACCUCUUGCUCCAACGCUGUCUUUUCGUCAGAGAUGGCUGAUAUGUCUUUCCUUAGCUAUGUCUGGCUUUGUCGUACUCGUUCCAAUUCAGUAUUUGCAUUUGUCAAUUGUUGGUGGAGUGUCGCCAGAUCCCGUUGGCAGGUCUGA